AGGUUCAUGGAUUGCUGUAUGUUGGAGAUGAUAGUGGAGGCUUCGCCGACGAUCUGAAUCUGUCGGAUGAGGAGUACGAUGAGCUUUUGUGCCGUUGGACAGCUCUGAGCUCAUUCUUCCCCUUCGCCCGCAAUCACAUCUGCCUGGGAAGCGUCAGAGUGCAUCAGCCAUGGGAGAGUCCGAACGCAGCUAUUGCUGCGCGAAAUGUACUCAGACUCCGCUACGAGCUGCUGCCGUACAUAUACACUCAGUUCGCGCGCGCCCAUCUAGCCGAAAUUGGGAUGAUAAUUCGAGCCUUAUACUUCGACCACAUCGAUGACGAGACAGCGCGGGAUGUGCAAGAUCAAUUUAUGUUUGGGCCAGCCAUCAUGGUAGCUCCGAUAAACGCCUAUCAGCAGACAUCGCGUGCCGUGUACUUUCCGAAGGGGUGUCAAUGGUACAACUGGUUCAACGGUGCUAUAAUGAGCGAAUGCGGAGGGACCUCGGCCAACGCGAACAGCAGUAUCGAGGAUGAUACCAUCAUCCCUCUGUUUGGAAAAGGUGGCCAGGUGGUCGUUACUCAGGAAGCGAGGCUCACUACAAAAGCUUGUCGAGAAACACCUGCUACCCUGACUAUCAUGUACGAUUCGUCAAAUGCUGAAGGUGUUGCAACCGGUGAGUUGUUUUGGGAUAACGGCAACCAACGGCAACUGAAAACCUACGUCCGAACAAAGUAUACUGCCGGGGAAAUGGGUUUCCGUGCCGAGGCCACAGCCACCGGCUAUAAAGACACAUUACCACCAAUCCAUACCUUGAGAGUUUACGGCCUUGGUCGGGUACCGUCGUCAGUUCUACUAGCUGUGGAAGACCAUAGCCCCAAAACACAGCCAAUUGUGUCACAAAACGCUGAAACCGGAGCCAUCAUUAUCGAUCUCAAGUCAUGUGGUUUGAACUUAUCGACUAGUUUUGAAAUGAGCUUUGUGCACUAAGAAUACGGUACAUUUUAUCGUAUAAUUUAGGCGAAUUCAGUUGGUCGGGAAUUUGUAAUAUCAUGUGAUGAUUUCAUCCCCUAGUUGCUCAGAGAGAAUGUGGAAGUCCGAUGUUGUUGAAAUCGUAAAGCUAGAGACCGCUCGUUGCCCUUGUGGCAACUCAGAUUGCAAACAGCGCAAAGCUUGUCUAACUUAGAAAAUAAGACGCGGAUUUUUUUAUGCAUGUAUUUUUUUUUGUUUAUAUAUAGAUUGGCACAAAGCACAUUCUUACAAAAAUGUGUGGGAAAUACAACCUCAAGUAAACAUACUAGCAUGUUUUUGUUUUGUUUUUUUGUUUUUCCACACAUUAUUGUAAGAACGUGCUUUGUGCUAAUCAUUAUUG